GAGUUGUUCAAACCUGUAAAAACCUUUGGAGAAAAGGGAAGUGGUAGAGGACAGUUGAAUGCUCCAUGUUCGAUAGCAGUCAGUGAUAAUGGAGAGAUAGCCAUUGCUGAAUGGGGUAACCACCGUAUUCAAAUAUUCAGUCUUGAAGAAAACUAUUUAAGAAAGUUUGGCAGGGAAGGAACAAGACAAGAUGGUAAAGGCAGGAUACAAGAGUUUAACUUGAAGGGUACUUAUGUAAGAACCAUCUACAGACAUGACCGAGGGCUGCUUGGAAUUUGUGUUAACGAUGAUAAAAACAUCGCAGUGUGUUGUUGGGGAAAACAAGAACUGGGUAUCAAACCAAGUAUCAAGGUGUUCAGUAAACAAGGACAUUUAGUUCAUGAGUUUGAUAUGCCUGAUAAUAAUGAACAGCCUGAGUGCAUCACCUAUGGUAACGGCAAAUACUUUGUAUCUUAUUAUGACAUAAACUAUGUUCGUGUUUUUGAUGUGAAUGGAGUUUUCUUGUACAAGUUUGGAGAAGAGCGAGAAAGAGACGGUCAGUUUAAUGGUGUACGUGGACUAGCUGUUUAUGGUCCAGACAUGAUUCUUGUCUGUGAUAGUUAUAAUCACCGUGUUCAACUUUUCACACAAGAAGGUCAGUUUAUAAGGUCAUUUGGUAGCUAUGGUUCAGGUGUUGGUCAGAUGGAUAGUCCUAUUGAUGUAGUAGUUACAGCUGAUGGUCGAGUGUUUGUGGUAGAAUUUUGGG